GAAACGGGAAGCUAAAGAAGGAGGGGGUAGAAAUCCUGUCAACUGUAGAGUACGUAGGUACCGUCGCGCCUUACAUUUCGUCGUGGAGUUUCUUUCCCCCCCCAGGCAGACGUGGCCGUGGUAUCUGGUCGCUCCUGAAAAGGCAAAAUGGGAUGCUUCUACUCGAAGAAAUCCAAAAGAAAGUCGGCGGAGAAAGAGAACCUCGCGCCGACAACGACGACUGUCGAAACUACAGGUAACGCGGUUCCCCUUGGCAACAACACCGACGAGGCUCCGAAGCAAUACAGCUGGGAUAUAAGAGAAAAGGUUGAUCCCAAGGAUUACAUGCUGACGGGACUCAAAGAUGUCACGGUGGGCCGCCUGCCUGGGAAGCUGAACGGGCAGCAGUUUGUCAUCCAGGAGUGUGAGAACUGCAACAUCUACGUGUUGGACCACUCGGCGACGAUCACCAUCGACGACUGCGUCAACUGCCGCAUCGUCCUCGGACCUGUAAAGGGAAGUGUGUUUUUCAGAGACUGUAAAGACAUCAAGUGCGUGGUGGCCUGUCAGCAGUUUCGCACGCGGGACUGUAAAAAGAUGGACGUGUUCCUCUGCUGCGCCACGCAGCCCAUCAUCGAGUCGUCCACAGGCAUGAAGUUCGGCUGCUUCCAGUACUACUACCCUGAUCUGGCCUUCCACUUUAAGGACGCCGGGCUGAGCAUAUUCAACAACAACUGGAGCAACAUCCACGACUUCACGCCCGUGUCCGGCGAGACCAACUGGAGCUUGCUGCCGGAGGACUCAAAAGUGCUGGAUCUGGUCCCGGCUCCCGACCCCGAGUCUGAUUUCAAGUCCGUCCGCAUCUCGGCCGACGCGGCUCGGAGCAUCGUGCCUUUAACGAAAGGAGGGAGACGGAAGGACAGCGAGGAGUCCUGUCUCUUUGUUUUCUUCGCCGGAGAAUAUACCACUGCAAACGCCCGAAAGCUGAUAGACGAGGCUACCUCUAAAGGAUUUGUACUGAUCCAGACUAAGGAGGUCUCUAUGAAGCCCGAAGACGCGAAGCGCGUGUUUCAGAACAGCGCCGACGAUCUUGUGGAGUGGAUCACCAAAGGCCCCGUCACUGCCCUCGAGCUGAACGGAGACGGUGUCGUGGAAGCCUGCAAGAACAUCGCUAACGAAGUUUUUAGCGGCGCCAAGCUUUUCGUCUCGGAUAACAAAAAUACAUCGACCCGAGACGUCGACAGCUUCUUCAACUUUGCUGACAUGCAGAUGGGUUUGUAAAUCGAUUGGUGACGAGGCGCCCGAGCCGGUUGAGAUUUCUUCGACAGCAGGCGGGAAUGGAGAACUCUGCAGACUGUGUGACGUUGCCUCAGGUCGGAUCAGGCAGUUCCUGCAAUCGCACGAAGCCGCUCCGCUCUGAACGCCACGGCAAGGAAAAAGGCUGUAAACCACUCAUGUUAGUUGCUAAGAGUGCUGGGAUGAUUUAUGUUUCUGUGAAUGUAUUUUGUAACUGUUUGCUUUUUUUUUUCUUUGUGAAUGUAGCCGCUCCUGUAAAUCUUUCUUUUUUUAUGUUUAUUGUUGUCAGGGAGGAAAGAACACGAGCGCAAAAAUGCCUGUUUUUUAUGUGUGAAGUUCAACCAUGUUUUUCCUAGAAUUGUCUUUGAUUUAAAUAAUGGAUUUUCUCUGUUCAAAAUGUGUGUGUAUAUAUAAGAAAUGUGCUGUAUAGGUAUUGACUGUUUGCUCACUGGUUAUGGCAAAACCAGGAUGUGAAAAGUUUAUUUUAAGUUAUCUGUUAAUCUGUUUUCACCAACAUAUAAACACAGGAGAGAGGCUGGAUUUUUAAAGUAGGCAAUGUGUUUUUUUUUUCUUUUUUCUUUUAUAUCAUUUUUAUACAUUACUGAAUUGUUUUUGUAUAGCAAUUCACCAAUGGUAUACAUAUAUUUUGUAAAAUGUCUGUUUUUAACAAAAAUGACUAAAAGAAAACUUCAUGGAAACAGCUGCCAGCACUAGUUUCCCAUCACAACUUUGUUAAAAGAUCUAUUUAUAUUAUGAAGGCCUCUAAAAUAUAAUUCAGAAACCUACAUAGUCAGAAAAUGGAUGUGGAAAACAGACACUGUGCUGAAGGGAAAUGCUUUUCUUCCUCUUUGUGAACUUUUUUUUUUUUUUUUUUUGUUCAGGGUUUCUAAAGGUCAACUUAAAGAGACCAGCAAUGCUGAUUUCCUCAUUGUUAAUCAACUCAGUAAUCUCCCUGGGUAAGACAGAGAAAUGUUGAUUUCAUGUUAGUAGUCCGGUUAAGUUGAACUUUCUCAUCUGAGUGAUGAGUUUUUUUUUUGUUUUUUUUUUAAUCUAUCCACAAUAAUUCAGUGAUCUCAAUUACUUGAAUCAUACAUGUUAUUAUAAACGGAUUGCCUUGUUUAAGAGCUACACUGCAAUUAAGGGGAAAAAAAAUCACUUCUGAUACAUCUGUUUUAUAGUUAUUUUUGAAGAACACCAAUAGAAGCAUGCCACGUGAAAUCUGUAAAUCUCUUUGUAUUUGUGCACAUUUGUAAGAGCAUGUCAGCUGUAAUUUGUGUCUGGACUUUUAAAAGCGUCAAUAUGAUCUUUGUAAAAAAUGGCAGAUUUAUAUUAAAAUAUAUACAUUUAACGUUU